AUGGUCUCUUCAAAAUGUCCGCAGUGCAACCGAGAAGAGGCUUUCGCAAUUACCACCAUCAAUUAUCAGCUUUUGGAACUAAUUAAGCACUUUAAUAGCAUGAAAGAGGGCGGAUCUUCGUCAGGACAAACGUUAUUAGACGAUAAAGAAACAAAGCGGGUUGUUGAAGUAAAUAUGGAUAUCGUUAACACAACGGAGUGUAUCAUUUGUUACAAUGAAUAUGAUACUGAUUCUCGAAAACCCUGCAUCGGAACAUGUGGCCACUCAAUUUGUGAAAGUUGUAAACAUCAGAUCUCUUCAAAAUGUCCGCAGUGCAACCGAGAAGAAGCUUUCGCAAUUACCACCAUCAAUUACCAACUUUUGGAACUAAUUAAGCACUUUAAUAGCAUGAAAGAGGGCGGAUCUUUGUCAGGACAAACGUUAUUAGACGAUAAAGAAACAAAGCGGGUUGUUGAAGUAAAUAUGGAUAUCGUUAACACAACGGAGUGUAUCAUUUGUUAUCAUGAAUAUGAUAAUUCUCGAAGACCUUGUUUCGGAACAUGUGGCCAUUCGAUUUGUGGAAGUUGUGAAUAUGAGAUGGUCUCUUCAAAAUGCCCGUUGUGCGACCAAGAAAAAGCUUUUGCAAUUACCACUAUCAAUUAUCUAGCUUUGGACAUAAUUGAGGGCUUCAAGAACAUGCAAGCGGACGAUUCAUCCAAUUUUCAGGUUAUCGACGAAGGAAUAUGUAGUGAAUGUACAUUAAGGUGUCGAAAACGUCGUAUUUGUAUCCCGUGUGCAGAGAAAGCAGGAGUAUUGAAACAAGACGGAGUGAAAAACGAGAUUGUCUUGAAUAUCGAGAAUGCUGAUGUAGGAGCUGCUCUGCGGAAAGCCAAGACAAUCGCAAUUUGUGCAGAUUGUGCACUUGAUGGAGUUCAACACUAUGGCCAUAAAACCAUGCAAUUGACUGUUUUGAGAAACAAUUUGGAUGAUAAGAUUCAUCAUAAAGGUCACACAGCUCACCAGUCCACAGUUUUGCAAUCGAAUAUUGCAGACCGAGACACGGCUAGUUUAAGAGGAAGAAUAGAUCUGAAGGUUUCCGGAGAAAGCUUGGAACAAAUUUAA